AUGGCGAACAAGCACUGGGAACAAGAUAAAGAUGCCACCGUCUACAUCGGUAACCUUGACGAACGCGUAACCGACGCUUUAGUAUGGGAACUUAUGCUACAAGCCGGCCGAAUCUCCAAUGUUCACCUGCCGAAAGAUCGCGUGACCCAGACACAUCAAGGUUUCGGCUUUGUCGAAUUCGUAUCCGAAGAAGAUGCAGAGUACGCGGCAAGGAUAAUGAACCAGAUACGACUGUAUGGGAAACCGAUUAGAGUUAAUAAAGCAUCGGCAGACAAGCAGAAAACAGUGGAGGUUGGAGCUGAAUUGUUUAUCGGAAAUUUGGAUUCAAUGGUGGAUGAGAAGACGCUUUAUGAUACGUUCAUGACGUUCGGAACGAUUACAGCACCGCCUAAGAUUGCACGCGAUGAGGCAGGUAUCUCGCGCGGUUUCGGCUUCGUUCAGUUUGACAACUUCGAGUCCUCGGAUAAGGCGAUCGACGCUAUGCAAGGCCAAUACUUGAUGAACAAGGAGAUAUCGGUAUCAUACGCUUUCAAGAAGGAUGGCAAGGGAGAGAGGCAUGGUGAUCAGGCAGAACGUCUGUUGGCAUCGCAGGCUCGCAAGAACAACGUCCAAGUCCAGGUACAGCCGUUGCCAUCUGCACUUCUGGGGCAGCAGGUUGCAGCUCCACCCGUACAACAGCCUACACAGCCUGUAGCGCAACCCCAAAUUCCACACGGCGCACCAGCUCCUCAAGCUGCUGCCCAAGGAUAUCAGCAACAGAUGCCACCAGUCCAACCACCCCACCAAGGAUAUCAACCUCAACCACCGGCCGGUUACCCACCGCAAGGGUAUGGCGCACAACCAUCAUACCAAAACCCACAAGGGGCGUACAGGCCACCUCCUCCAGCUGCUCCGCCGGUUGCUGCACAUGGGCUACCCUCGCGGCCACCACCUCCAAUGGGAUUUGGAGGACAGCCUGGAUACGGUGCGCCAGCCCAGCCCCCACCUGCUGGUUUUGGUGGUGCAUACCCACCAGCUGGAUUCAACGCUGCACCGAUGGGGAGAGGGGCAGCACCCUAUGGUGUCCCGCCUCCAGGGGCUCCACCAAUGUAUCCACCUAACCCCUCACCAUAUGGGAAUGUACCACCACCUCCCGCAGGAUUUAAUCAACGGAGAUAG